CGCUUGCCGAUGGCUAUCAAUAGCUCACGCUUCUAUAGCACCUUCAAGGUUGGGAGAACAUCGGUGUACUUCAGAAAGGUUGUGGCACGUGGCUGUCAGCAAGCCGGUGUGCAGCAGAAGUAUUAGCCUUUGCCCGGGGCAAGCUGCGCUCGGUCUCAUACAAGGAGCGAGUGAGAGGAGUAGACUCAGGACGUGUAUCGUUUCGUGUCUCGUCGCCGGCUUUCUUCGAGCUCGAUCGAUAAGCUUGUCGACACCGGCUUCCAAUAGAGGUCCGCCUAGGUGGACCAAGGCGUCUUCAAGAUGCUGUAUCUCACCGCUGACAAGUUUCCGGUUUUCGUGCCAUUCGGCGUCAUUGGCUUUUAUAGAUACUUUUGGUAUCUCAUCCGUCUGGCUGCUGCACUCGUCUACAGGCCCAUCCCACCGCCGCUGAACCCGACCUACAUUGCGUCUGAAGAUGUCACAAUCAUCGUACCAACCAUUGACGCUGGAGAAGAGUUCAAGGAGGCAGCCUACAGCUGGCUCGAGAGCAAACCGGCGCAAAUCAUCAUCGUCACCGAGGCCAAGAUGAAAGGACCGCUGCAGGAACUCGCAAACCAAGUCGAUCCAAGCAGAAUCACAGUCCUGACGGUUCCCAAGGCCAACAAGCGUCUGCAAAUGUCGCACGGCAUCCGCAACACUAUGACGGAUAUCAUCGUCUUUGCGGACGACGAUGCCAUCUGGCCACCGACGAUGCUCGAAUGGAUCCUCGCAUGCUUUGAGGACCAGCAGGUCGGAGGCGUGGGCACUUCGCAGCGCGUCAAGCCGAUCGGAAACCGCAUGACGGUGUGGGAGACGCUCGCAGCUUUCCGUCUGUCUAUCCGCAACUUUGAGAUUGCUUCUAGCACUCACAUCGAUGGUGGCGUUCCGUGCCUUUCGGGUCGUACAGCAGCGUAUCGAACUGUCAUCCUCAAGGACCCAGCUUUUUUACAUGGGUUCACGAACGACUACUGGCUGGGCAAAUAUCUACUCAACUCUGGUGACGACAAAUUCCUCACAAGAUGGCUCGUCAGCCAUGGGUGGAACACCUACAUCCAGGUCUGUCCUGAGGUCGAACUGCUCUCCACCAUGAAGCCGGAUGCGCGAUUCUUGAAGCAGGUGCUGAGAUGGACGCGCAACACAUGGCGGUCAGACAUCCGCUCCAUAUUCAAGGAGCGUUAUAUUUGGACCCGGCACCCUUACGUGGCGUAUUGCAUGAUCGACAAGUUUAUCAACCCCCUGACACUCCUCGUCGGUCCAUGCUUGGUCGGGUACCUGCUCUACAAGUCGACCAAGAGCGUCGAGGAUGGAGGGUACCACUUGCCUGCGUGGCGCAUCGUCGUCUCUUACCUCGUCUGGCUCACGGCGACGCGCACGCUCAAGCUCCUGCCCCACCUGUGGUUCCGGCCGCAAGACAUCAUCUACGUUCCAGCGUAUAUCGCCUUUGGCUACUUCUUUGCCCUGCUGAAGAUUUAUGCACUCUUCACACUACACGAGACUGGCUGGGGCACGCGCGUCGGUGUCGGACUACCCGAGGACGCCAAUGCAGCAGACCAGGAUGCGCAAAACGCGUAUGGGUACGAAAGCAAGGAGAGUCCGUUCAACGACAAGCAUGCUGCUGCUUAUGGUGCUACUGUUGCGAGCGCUACGCCGAGCACACUGUCAACUCCUCUUCGCGCACCAGACGCCGUGUCGAUCUCGCAGCGAAGAACGUCGUACAGCUAUGCGACGCCAUCGCACGCUAUCAACGAGCGGCGCCAAGCCGAGAAUGUCGAGAUGCACUCGCUGCCGAGGUGACGAUAGUGCCGCUCACGCCGCCUACCCAUAAUUCCAUCCUCCCUUCCCUGUUGGCUUCCAUUGCGUCAUGGCCGUCCCAGCAUCACAAGGCGCUCAACCACCUUUUUGUACGGAUAGUCUUUAUACGGACACUGUAAGAUGUACCAUAGAAUUUUCCAGCACACAUACUUCACGCUUUGUUGUGGUUAUUUC